AUGGAGACGGUUGACCUGGUAGUGGUUGGCGCAGGCUGGAACGGGCUCGUUGCGGUCAAAACCUACCGCGAGCUCAACCCUGAUAGUCAUGUCCUGCUCCUCGAGGCUGCCAACUCCAUCGGCGGCGUCUGGGCCAAGCAUCGCUUGUACCGCGGCCUGAAAUCGAAUAAUAUGCUGGGCACCUACGAGUUUAGCGACUUCCCCAUGGACGAGACUUUCGGGGUGAAGCCCGGUCAGCACAUCCCUGGCGACGUCAUCCAACGCUAUCUCGAGGCCUACGCGGAGCGAUUUGAUUUCAUCGAUCGCAUCCGCCUCGAGCAUCGCGUCGACAGCGCCCAGCACAAUCUGGAUGGGACGUGGCAGCUCCAGGUAACAAACCACGACCGACAGAUGACAAUUGACACCAGGAAGUUGAUCGUCGCGACGGGCGUGACCUCUCAAGCAUAUCUGCCCGACUUCGAAGGUCAAGCAACCUUCAACGCGCCCAUUGUCCACUGUCGCGACAUGCUCGCACAUGACGCUGAGCUGUUCCAGGACGGCCGCCGCGCAACCGUGUUUGGUGGCACCAAAUCGGCGUAUGAUGCGGCGUACGCAUGUGCCACCGCCGGGAUGCAGGUCGACUGGAUCAUCCGUGAGUCGGGCCAUGGCCCCAUCUGGAUGGCGCCACCGUUUGUGACGCCGCUUAAGAAGUGGCUCGAGAAGCUCGUCACCACUCGGUUCCUGACCUGGUUCAGUCCCUGUAUCUGGGGCGAUGCCGAUGGUUUCCCCCGUGUGCGACGCUUCCUCCACGGAAGCUGGCUGGGACGGAAGCUGGUCGAUGCCUUUUGGGCCGUGCUAGCAGACGAUGUGGUGCAACUCAACGGCUUCGACAAGCAUCCGGAAAUGAAGAAGCUGAAGCCCUGGGUUAGCCCCUUCUGGAUCGCUUCAUCUUUGAGUAUCCUCAACUAUCCGACUGACUUCUUCGAUCUGAUCAAAGACGGCACAAUCAAGGUGCAUAUUGCCGACCUCGACCAUCUAUCCGACCACCAGGUGCAUCUGUCCACAGGAGAGGUUCUCGAUACCACAAGCUUGAUUUGUUCCACCGGCUGGCGGUGCACUCCCAACCUGAAGUUCCUUCCAGAGGGCAUCGACCGAGAUCUUGGUUUCCCCUGGAGCAGCGACCCCCUCGACGAGAAGAUGGUCAAGGCGGCCGAUGACGAGAUUCUCCGUCGCUUCCCUCGCCUGCGCUCCGGGCCCGAUGUGAACCCCAAGUACAAACCGCUCACCGAACAAGCUGAAGCCGCUGUGCCGCACCCUUUCCGACUGACACGUUUCAUGGUGCCCUUGUCCCAGGUCAGGGAGCGGUCUUUGGCGUUUAUGGGUAUUACCAUGACCAUCAACACUGCCUUGGUAGCCCAGACCCAGGCGUUGUGGAUUGCCGCUUACUUCGGGGGCCAUCUCACCCCAACCGCGGUGGAGCACUGCCCACCUGCUGUACGUGCUGCAUCUGAUGCUAAAUCUGAGGACGAUGCGGAACUCGACCUGAAAUGGGAGACCGCAUUACACUCCGAGUUCGGAAAGUACCGAUAUCCUGCUGGCUUUGGCCGCCGAAACCCUGACUUUGUCUUCGAUGCCAUCCCUUACAUCGAUCUGAUGUUGCGGGACUUGGGUCUAGCCCCGGCGCGCAAGCAGGGCUUGCUGGCUCGGUGCUUCGAUCCCUAUGGCACAGAGGACUACAAGGGGUUGGUGGGUGAGUGGAAGGCCAAGCUGCUGAACUAG